UUCGUGUAAUAUCUAAGAAUAUUAGAUUGUAGAAUGAGAGGUUCGAUGAGGGGGGAAAAAUGGAAGCUUUGCCGGCUAUAAUUAUCAAGUCUAAUUUUUUACUUGCAUUUAUCCUCGCCUUCCCUCGUACCUCGCCUAACCAUGCAGGCCAGCUUGAUAACCUCUUCUCCUUCUUCUUCAUCUGCCGUCAACUUUCUCCUCGACAAAGGGCCUAAUCCAAUUACUCGGCUACCCUUUUGCUUGUUCUCCUGCCGGAAGAAACUCUCCGGCAGCGGCCAGAGGAGCCUGGUUGUCGCUAGGGCGAAUAAGAGGAAGGAGAAGCCCGACUCCCACAGCUUCAUUCCGAAGCCUGAUGAAGCAACUGGACCUUUCCCGGAAGCCGUACUGUUAAAAAAGAAAGUGGUCAAGGAAGAUGGAAGUGUCGUACCUGAAUUUGCAGACGCUGAAGAAGAGAAAUUAUACGAGUUUCUCAAACUUCAGCUUGAGAGUGAUCUGAAACUUGAAAGAAUUCGGCAUUAUGAAGUGGUUUAUCUAAUUCACGAAGAUCAUAUUGAGGAGGUUGAUAAUGUUGUUUCCAAAGUUCAAGACUUCAUAAAAGAGAAGAAGGGAAGGCUUUGGAGACUGAAUAAUUGGGGGCUUCGUAGAUUGUCUUACAAGAUUAAAAAGGCAAGCAAAGCUAAUUAUAUUCUAAUGAAUUUUGAGAUGGAAGCGAAGUGGAUUAAUGACUUCAAGAGCAUGCUUGAUAAGGAUGAGCGUGUCAUUAGGCAUCUGGUGAUGAAACGAGAUGAAGCAAUCACUGAGGAUUGUCCUCCCCCUCCUGAAUUCCACACUGUUAAAGCAGGAGAUGAUGUUGAUGAAGACGAUGAGGAGGAGGAGGAGGAUAGCGAUGAGAACGGGGGUGAUGGGGAUGAUGGAGAUGGAGAUGAUGACGAUGAGGAGGAAGAUGAUGGCGGUGAUGAUGAUGAUGAUGGCGGAGAGGAAGAUGAUGAGGAGGAAACGGGAACAGAUUACCUUGUUCGACCUAUAGCCCGUCCUGAAGAUGAAGAGGAUGCAAGUGAUUUUGAACCUGGAGAAGAGAAUGGUGAGGAUGAUGACAUUGAUGAGGAAGAUGAUGAUGGUGAAACUGGGAAAGAGGGGCCAUCUGCAAAGAGGAAGAGGUCACAGAAAGAUGAUGAUGAUGAUGAUGAUGAUGAUGAUGAUAGUAAUGAUGAUGAUGAUGAUGAGCGGCCAUCAAAAAGAUAGAUUUCCUUGGGAGGCUGCAGCUUUCCAACGCUAGACUGCAUUUUUCUUGAAAAAAAAAAGAAUAUUUGGACAGUUAUUUGCUUUGGUAGUCAUGUACAAGUUUAGGAAAAGUUUAGACCCUUUUGAUGCAGGGUUUCAGUUAUUUGUCAUUAAUUGAGACAAACCGUUUGACUGUUUAUCUUCUUUUUAUAAGUUUACUGUUAGUUUGAUGAUUUAGUGGGAUAAAAAUUUGUUGUUGUUGUUA